AUGAAACACUGGCAGUCUGGCAGUCGACGCGGGGAGUUCGGCGCGCGUGCGGUCUCUGACGGCCGCGUGCGAACGCGUAAGCUCUGCCCGGAGCGUAGCAGGUCUGUAACGGUGCGGCGGACCGUGUCGCCUCCGCGGGCCCCGCCCCUCAACGGAACGGUGGGGACGGGGCGAUCCUAUUCUAAGCCGGGCUCAACUUACGUUGGUCGCCCGUUAUCAAGCCUUCCUGCGGUCGGCCAGGCCGAUGUCGACCCUAUAUCGGCGCAAGACAGCCUAGCUGGCGGUAAUGAUAACUGUGUAAGGGCGUUCGGCGUCUGGGCGGGAAGA